UUCUUCUGCUGCUGCUGUUGCUUUGAUCAUCACCUUCCUCAUAGCUUCAGAUAGAUUCUCUAUCAAUCAUGUCGAGGAUCUUCGCCAUUCUUCCUCUCGCUAUUUCUCUCUUCCUCCUUGUUUCACCGGUUGUUCGAGCCAUCGAUGUCCAUUACUGUGAGAAGAAUGCAGAGUAUGAAGUAAAAGUAAAAGAGGUUGAUAUAUCGCCUAAUCCAAUAUCCCCAGGCGAGCCAGCUACCUUCACCAUCUCUGCCAACACAGGCCGUGAGAUUUCGUCUGGGAAGCUGGUGAUUGAAGUUUCAUACUUUGGAUGGCAUGUUCACUCUGAGACUCAUGACCUUUGCACUGAGACAACUUGUCCUAUACAGUCCGGUGAUUUCUUGGUUUCACACUCUCAAGUUCUUCCUGGCUAUACUCCUCCUGGUUCAUACUUGCUGAAAAUGAAGAUGCUUGAUGCGCAGAAGGAGUUAACAUGCAUUAAAUUCUCGUUCGACAUUGGACUCAGAUCAUCCGUGGCUGACAUAUAGAGCAACUUCACCUGCAUUGGUGAUUGUAUAGGUAGUUUAGACUAAUUGUUAUUCUUGCUAAUAUCGGUUAGGUCAGACCUUAAUGUGCUCCUUUUGUUUUUUUGGACACCAAUGUGAAUUAUAAGAUAUCACCUGGUCUUAUUGCA